CUCCAUUCUCCAUUUCCAUUUCCACCCUCGCACCAGCACCGCAAGGGUUUCGAGAUGGACAACGGCGAAGAGACCUUCGCGUCCCCGACGGCCGCCGCCGCCGAGUUCGAGUUCGACUUCGGGCAGGCCCUCACCAACGGCGGGGGGCUCACCGCCGACGCCCACCCCACCAAGGCCGCCUACGACGGGGACGAGAUGGACGCCCUCCGCGCGGCGAAGCGCGACCUGGAGGAAAAGCUCGCCGCCGUCUCCCACGAGAAUAGCUUCCUCUCCGCGGAGGCCCACCGCCUCGAGGCGCUCGUCGCGCAGGCCCGGAAGGACAUCGCCCAGGCCGAGCACGCCGCCGCCGCGUCCGAGGGCGAGGCAGCCAAGCUCCGCGCCGAGGUCAAGCGCCUCCAGGACUUCCUCGUCGCCGCCGAGAAGUCUGACCGCGAUGCUGGGAUCAGCGAUGCGCCAGGUGCCGGUGGCAUGCUGGCGACUGCGCACCAGGAGAAGCUCGCCCUCGAGGAGGAGAUCAAGGCCCUGAAGGCAUCCGCCGCCGCCGCCGCUGCAGAGAAGGAGGAGGAGGAGGAGACUGCUGCUCCCUCGACCGUGGCACCGAAGGAAAGGGCGGUGGUGGCUGCCGCGGCCGCUGGAGCUGCUGCUGCAGCAGCCAUCGCGGUGGUUUUCCUCAACCUGAGGAGGUAAUCCGGUGCUGUGAUGCGUCGGAAGUUUUGCUCUGCUUAUGUGAGACUGGAUAAUCCUUUUCUGUCGUGGCGCUGUUAUUACUGGACUGGUAGUGGUGUUCAUUUACAUUCCGCUGGUUAGUAGCUUAAUGAAUCGAGAGUUGGGGACUUAUCAGAGAGAAGCCCUUUUGUUUCUGCUCUUUCCCUUGCCAAGUUGCCAUGGUAAUAAUAUGUGAACACUAAAUGAGCCACCUGUAGUUGUGUCUGGUUAUUGUGCUGUGGCAUCUAAUUUCUGUUUUGUUAUUGUGCUGUCACAUCUAAUUUCUGUUUUCUUAU